AUUCAGAAUUGAGAGUCUUUAUUUCUUCACAACAAACACAUGAUGUUUUUUUGUGUAUAUGUAUAUAUUAUAAACACAAAAAUGAUUAUUAAGCUUUUGUAGAACCCUAAUUCCUAUCAAUUUGUCCAAAGUUUUUUGAGUUUCCAGAUUUCUGACAUAGGUUGCAUAGAUGUUGCAUUCAGACGAAGACAAAAGCAAUGUGGUUCAACUGCCAGAAGGAGUAACACCAUUCAUUCAUAUUACUCAAAAUGAGUUUUUAGGGCGAAAGCAUAAGAAACUGAAAGAGGAUGAUAUUGCUAUCUGUGAAUGCAACUAUGAUGCAAGUGAUCCUGAAAGUGCAUGUGUAGAAAGAUGCUUGAACGUAAUAACCAACACUGAAUGUACCCCGGGGUACUGUCAGUGUGGUGCGACUUGCAGAAAUCAGAGAUUCCAGAAAUGUGAAUAUGCAAAAACUAAGUUGUUCAGGACUGAAGGGCGUGGUUGGGGUCUUUUAGCUGAUGAGAAUAUAAAGGCUGGACAGUUCAUCAUUGAAUACUGUGGAGAAGUGAUAUCAUCUGAAGAAGCAAAGAAAAGGUCUCAGUCUUAUGAAGCUCAUGGGCUCAAGGACGCGUACAUAAUUUCUCUGGAUGCUAAUCAUUUCAUUGAUGCCACCCGGAAGGGAAGUUUUGCAAGAUUCAUAAAUCAUUCAUGCUCGCCAAAUUGUGAAACAAGGAAAUGGACAGUGUUAGGGGAAACAAGGGUAGGAAUAUUUGCAAAGCAGGAUAUAUCUAUUGGAAUGGAGCUGGCAUACAACUAUAAUUUUGAGUGGUACGGGGGUGCAACUGUUCAGUGUCUGUGUGGAGCUGCAAACUGUUCUAUAUUUCUGGGUGCCAAGUCUCAAGGAUUCCAGGAGUACAACCAUGUCUGGGAAGAUGGGGAUGUCAGAUAUACAGUGGAGGAAGUUCCACUUUAUGACUCGGCAGAGGAUGACUCUUUGCCAGUGAUCUCUGGAACUAGUGGAGGAAAUGAGCAAAAUAAAAUAUUGAAUGACAGUGAGGGGUCUACACUCAAGUUGGAACCAAGUAAUACCACUUGUAAGAGUUUUAAUAUUGGAUCUGGUUCAACACCGAAGAAGAAAGCCCAACGCCUUCCCAAGCGGAAGGUAAAAUCUUCCAGCCGUAAGCAAGUGAAUGGUGGAGAUUUUGCUAAAUUGUUCGCAUCGAAGGAAGCACGAGAAGAAGUUACCAUGUACGAGGGGUUAAAAAAUGAAGCAACUUCGAAGCUUAAUUCCGUAUAUGAAGAAAUUCGCCCUACCAUUGAAGAGCAUGGGCAGGACAACCAGGAUAGUGUGCCCACCAGUGUAGCUGAGAUGUGGAUCGAAGCACACUGCUCUAAAUACAAAGCAGAUUUUGAUCUCUACUUUUCUGUAAUCAAGAAUGUGAUGUACCCUCGUCCAGCAACCUACACCACUGCCGCAGGUCCUUCUGAAGGAGGAGCCAGACCUCAAACAGCCAAUGCUGAACCCAAGCUUUCUGAAGGAGGAGCUAAAUGAAGUAUAUGUCAGAUCAAUGACGUUUAGUCUGGUAUUUGAUACCGUUUAAUCUUCAGAAAUAUUUCGGACAAAUUUCUGUUUCAGGGUAAGUCAGGGACAUGGUUACUAUGCAUAUAUACAGUACAAAAAAAUUAGAACAGCUUAUCACUUGACCCUUCUGGGAAUUUCAUGUGUAACCAACUAACCAUUACACCAUUUUUGGGUGUUUGCAUAGCCAGGGAAGUUACUUGUAGUUUUUAUCCAUUGUUAGUGUCCUUGUGGGAAAAAAACCUUGUGCUGACUUGGUAUUAACGCCACACUAUUUUAGUAUUUUAUCACUAA